UGUGUCCUUGUGCGGAAAUGACACACGGAGUCCCGUCACGUCACGCGAGAGCGCAGCGCACGGACACACACAAAGAGAGGGGAAAAUACACGGCGCCCGCCCGCCGCCCCCAGGAACUCCCCGGGCCGCCCCGGCCAGGCCGUCGCGCGAGUCCCCAGCUCCCCGGACCUGCGCUACCCCGCACCCCACGUGGCGACCAAACUCGGCGCGGGCCCGCUCUGCAAAGUACAGAACUCGUGUCCCAGUGGAAUAGAAGAUGAACUCAACUGAACUCAAUGAAGAUGUAGAAGAAGUUCUAAAAAAUAACACUGUGAAAGUGGAGACGGAGGCCGAAGAUGCUGCCCUGGACUGCUCAGUGAAUUCCAGGUCUUUGGAGAAGCACCCUCUGGACAGCGUCUUCACCGCCCUCCAGGACUGCAGCAAGCGAAAGCAGCUGGGCGGCGAGGGCCAGCCGGACCCUGUCUCCAGUGCGAAGAGGCGGCGGCUGAUUCCCGAGGCACUUCUAGCAGGCAUGAGGAACCGGGAAAACAGCUCGCCUUGCCAGGGCAACGGGGAGCAGGCCGGCAGGGGCAAGACCUUGGUCUCUGUGUGGCCGGGCGAGGAGGAGCCCUGCAGUGACCUGAGCACCCCCUCCUACAAGAAGCCUCUGUACGGCAUCUCUCACAAGAUCAUGGAGAAGAAGAACCCUCCCACAGGGGACGUGCUCAGCACGUAUGAGCUCUUGGAGAAGGCAAACCCCAGCAACAGCCCCUCGCCACUGAGGCUCCUGAACGAGACACAGAAGCGGGACAGUGGCAGUGUGGCUGCGACCACUGACGGCGACCCCAACAUCUACUUUCUGAUCCAGAAGAUGUUCUACAUGCUCAACACACUCUCCUCCAACAUGUCGCAGCUGCACAGCAAGGUGGACCUGCUGUCCCUGGAGGUGAGCCGCAUUAAGAAACAGGUGAGCCCCACAGAGAUGGUGGCCAAGUUCCAGCCACCCCCUGAGUACCAGCUGACCGCCGCCGAACUCAAGCAGAUCGUGGACCAGAGCCUGUCAGGCGGCGACCUGGCCUGUCGCCUGCUGGUGCAGCUCUUCCCUGAGCUCUUCAGCGACGUGGACUUCUCCCGAGGCUGCAGUGCCUGCGGCUUUGCAGCCAAGCGGAAGCUGGAGUCGCUGCACCUGCAGCUUAUCCGCAACUAUGUGGAGGUCUACUACCCCUCAGUGAAGGACACGGCCGUGUGGCAGGCCGAGUGCCUGCCCCAGCUGAACGACUUCUUCAGCCGCUUCUGGGCCCAGCGGGAAAUGGAGGACAGCCAGCCGGGGAGCCAGGUCGCCAGCUUCUUUGAGGCUGAGCAGGUGGACCCCAGCCACUUUCUGGACAACAAAGACCAGGAGGAAGCCCUGUCCCUGGAUCGGAGCAGCACCAUAGCCUCUGACCACGUGGUGGACACACAGGACCUCACCGAGUUCCUGGACGAAGCCUCGUCGCCAGGCGAGUUCGCGGUUUUCCUCCUGCACCGGCUCUUCCCCGAGCUCUUUGACCAUCGCAGGCUGGGAGAGCAGUACAGCUGCUAUGGGGAUGGCGGCAAGCAGGAGCUGGACCCGCAGAGGCUGCAGAUCAUCCGCAACUACACAGAGAUCUACUUCCCCGACAUGCAGGAGGAGGAGGCCUGGCUUCAUCAGUGCGCCCAGCGUAUCAACGAUGAGCUGGAGGGGCUGGGGCUGGACGGGGGCAGCGAGGGCGACCCCCCGCGGGAUGACUGCUACGACUCCUCCAGCCUGCCCGACGACAUCUCUGUGGUCAAAGUGGAGGACAGCUUCGAGGGUGAGCGGCCAGGCCGGCGUUCCAAGAAGAUCUGGCUGGUGCCCAUCGACUUUGACAAGCUGGAGAUCCCGCAGCCUGACUUCGAGGUGCCGGGCGCCGACUGCCUGCUCAGCAAGGAACAGCUGCGCAGCAUCUAUGAGAGCAGCCUGUCCAUCGGCAACUUUGCCUCACGCCUGCUGGUGCACCUCUUCCCCGAACUCUUCACGCAUGAGAACCUGCGCAAGCAGUACAACUGCAGUGGCUCCCUGGGCAAAAAGCAGCUGGACCCUUCCCGCAUCAAGCUCAUUCGCCAUUACGUGCAACUGCUCUACCCCCGGGCCAAGAACGACCGUGUCUGGACGCUGGAGUUUGUGGGCAAACUGGACGAGCGCUGCCGGCGCCGGGACACGGAGCAGAGGCGCUCCUACCAGCAGCAGCGCAAAGUCCACGUGCCAGGCCCUGAGUGCAGAGACCUGGCAAGCUAUGCAAUCAACCCGGAGAGGUUCCGAGAGGAAUUUGAAGGGCCCCCGCUGCCCCCCGAAAGAAGCAGCAAGGACUUCUGCAAGAUCCCUUUGGACGAGCUGGUGGUCCCGUCGCCUGACUUCCCGGUGCCUUCCCUGUACCUGCUGUCGGACAAGGAGGUGCGCGAGAUCGUGCAGCAGAGCCUCUCGGUGGGCAACUUCGCCGCCCGGCUCCUGGUCAGGCUCUUCCCCGAACUCUUCACGGCCGAGAACCUCCGGCUGCAGUACAACCACUCUGGGGCCUGCAACAAGAAGCAGCUGGACCCCACGCGGCUCCGGCUCAUCCGCCACUAUGUGGAGGCGGUGUACCCCGUGGAGAAGAUGGAAGAGGUGUGGCACUACGAAUGUAUCCCCAGCAUCGACGAACGGUGCCGCCGUCCCAACAGGAAAAAAUGUGACAUCCUGAAGAAAGCCAAGAAAGUAGAGAAGUGAUGGGUAGCCGAGGACCUGGGCCUUCUUUGGAGCAUGUGUAUGGUACCCACAGACACGCACCUUACGUCAGUGGGAAGGGGCUCACUACUUUUGCACAUGUACACACCCACCCCACUACAAGAAAGAAGCCUUACAUUUGGUGUCUCCCACUAAUGACUUUGGCCCUGAGUCCCCAGUGGUGCAGCCAAUGGGGGGGCAGUGCAGAGCUGGUUGAGCAGAGGGGCCUCAGCAACAGGGGUUCUCUCUCCUUGGCUUCGUCCUCCCCUUCUUCUCAAUUUGAAAUGCAAAUUCAGCAACUGUCUUGUUCCUCUGCCCACAUUUUACAUCUUCCGUUUUUAUCAGUUCUUUUUGUAGCUGUUGUUGAAAGAAAGGAAAUCUCUUUUAAAAGGAUCAUGGGCUCUCUGGGGGGGCCACUUAGGAAGAAAAUCUUAAAUAUUCAAGGUGAACUACUGUUAGAUGGCUUCAGUUACUGGGAUUUCUUUUCAAGGUGGUUUCAGAUUUAUGGGAUUUUUAGAAUGGCCACCUUUGGGCGUGAUGGCUGAUAAUAACUUCAGGGGGUGUAGAGACCCACUCUGUUGACCCUGCCUUUCACAUCUGAUUUCAAAAGAGUCGAGAUGCUCCUGGCUGGCAGUAGAUGGGGUGGAAGAGCGUGACGUCCUUUCUGCCCAGGGAUGUGCCCUCCCUUCUGCGGCGGCGCUGAGGACAGGGCUUCCCCGUGGCCUGGCCUGCUCAGCCAGGUCGGUAGAGUGUGGGGCUCCCUCUCUGUAGACAAGAACACUGGAUGAUGAUGAUGAUGAUGAUGAUAUGAAUGUAGAUAGACGUGGAAACACGUUCACAGUGUCAUUUGAGCUGCAUCCUUCCACUCGCCUCUUUCUUUCUCCACAUGAGGAUGCUGGUUGGAGGGGUAGACACGUUUCCUUGGAGAACAGUGUGUGUGUAUAAUUGGCUUCUUGUUUGAUUUGAGGGUGGGUCUCUUUGGACUCACCGAGAAUUGUUUACUUUCUGUGUGUGUGUUUGUACAGAACCCGGGUUCUGGGAGCUGUGUGGUGUGUUCUUCACCACAGCUCGGUGUUCGCUCCUCCAGUCCGUGUGCAUCCUUGUUCCUCAGGGUGGGCCCAGACCCUCAGGCUUUCUCGGGGAUACCUGGCGUUGGAAGGACACAGGUCAUCUGGAGUGGGCCACCCAUGUCCGUUCUCAGGGUCCACUCAGAGCUCUCCCCUCAGAUCCCCUAGAAGAGCCUGCUGUCCUCCAUCCGGCUGGUCCCUUGGCCUCGGGGUGAGACGCUUCUUCUCACUGGUUGGGAAGGUCAAACUGCUUCAGGCUAGUGGUGUGUUCUCCAAGAAUUCUAACCAGGAAGUUUCCCAAAUAAUAGUUCAAGUCCUUAAAAACAACACUUUUAUUUAUCUGACUUUGGGGGCCAGAUGCCUAGGAGGGAAGGGAAAUGGUCUAACUCAAACUGAACACAUCAUACCAGAAACCUGAAAAAAUGAGAGUCACACAGGGUAGUCAUAAAAGCUUUGUGGCUUAAUAUUUUGCUCCCUUAAAAUGCAUAAGUAAUAGAAACAAUCUGUGAAUUGUCUUUAUACAGCCGAUUAAUUAGGACUUCAGUUCUGCUGGCUGUAUGACAUAAUUUUGCCUGCACCGAGCAGGCAUUUUUUUAAUUUUAAUAUAUAUGACAGGAUUCUGAGUAAUGUAAACUUGCUGAUCUAAUUUCAGUAAAUUCGCUUUUAAAUGUCAUUUGCAGAUUAUUUCUGUUGCAACUGCAGGCCUCAAAUUUCUGAAAUUUAGAAAUGUGCAGGGAUUUAAUGACUCGCACCUACCCACCUACGUUUCUUACUAAAAAACUGAAGGGAGGUAAAGGGGACCUACAUACAUACCAAGUACAUACCUCUUUGUGCCUGGAAAGAAGAAGGGACUGCAGCAGCCAGGACGCUCCCCCCCAACCCCCCCACCCCCCCCACCCGGGCCUUUCUCGAUGCCUUAGUACCCCCCACACACGCACACACGCUCGCACACGCACAUGCAUUCCCUACCCAAAGAUGGCAGUGGCCCUCGCCUGCCAGCCCUGCUGGCUGGAGGGUGUGCCGUGGAGUUUGUUCUGGUCUCGGAUGCAUCCAAGAGGAUUCCAAGCCAUGUGAAAUUGUCCUGCUUCCAGGGGGUGGAACGCCACCCACAACUUCAGAAGCACAAUCAGUUAUUAAUUUUUUUAAAACCUUAUCCACCCACGUUAAAGAAAUCAACAGGUUCUAGGUUCUAAGAACGAAUGUUGUUUCUGCGUAACCUAGAGCAUGUUCUGGUUUUUGGAAACUGUGUUUUGGUGGUUUCCUCAACACCUUUCCUGCCUAGGGCUCCUCCCCCCAACCUUAGACUCCCUUCCCGUGCAGAGAGGUGGACGCACUCGGGAGCUGCUUGCUGUCCCCGUGAGGAGACAUGUGCAGGUCCUGUCUCUCUCCGUGCGGUGGGCUCCAGGGGCAGUUCUUUACAUGAAGCAAUAGAAGUACAAACUGCUGUUUUCACAAUUUCAUGUUUCCCAUAAAAUCUGUUGGUGAAUUCCUUCCCCCUCUCCAUCUAAAUUCUUUGGUUUUUACUUGUUUUUGGAUUUUUCUCUUGGCCUCAUAGCCAGAGAAUGAAAGAAUUAGCACACACGCAUUCUGAUGUUAAGUAGCACGUUGCCAUAGGUGGUAGUGUCUCUCGUUUUCUGUGUUAGCAAGUUUUAAAAGAAUGUAUAAAGGGAGUCUCAUGUACUGAGUGUUCGAAUCCUGCUUCAGUUCUCUCUGGCAGUGUCUUUCACAGGGAGUUACAGUCGCGUCUGUGUUGUGGGGGUUCGGCUGCCCCUCCCAGAUGGCGGCGGCCCUGCACCUCCUUUUCUUGAAGCUGGAGGGAGGGCUAUCCCAUCAAGCAGCCAGUGGGAUCCACAUAGUGAUGAGUGGAUUAGCUGUUCUAAAUGGUGAGAGUCACUGGGCGGACCACACCACACAGCCUGGCCACUCGGGUUCCCGUGGAGACGGCCUCAGUUUCCACCUCCCCCAGAUGGUUGCCUCUUGCCUGACUGAGAGGGGGCUGUUUCAAGACCCCUGACUGGAGGUCGUUGGGCUUUCUUGCUGCCCAUGUAGGUAGAUGAUACCAAGUGGGGGUGGGGCCAAGCGGCUGCCGCCGCCCACUUGCCUUGCGUAGAUCCAGCCUUAAUGUUUUUUCUGACGUCCUAGUGAUAGCAGACCCUGCACAAAGUGGAUAUCAGAGUUAAUACUGUGAGGAGACAAAACCAUGAGCAUAGUUUUACCAAAGAUAAUGAAAUACCACAUAAUGUCUGCAUUUUACCAUUGAUUUGAGUGCAUCCUUAGAAAACUGAAUGUAACAAAAACCCAGGACAUUUUUGGAAAUUGUAUGCUCUCUAGCAACUCUGUGUGAAUUUUUAUACAAGCACUGU